GACCGGGCCAUACAGUAGCUUACUUCACUUCCUGCAAAAUUGUUGUUGAAAGUUAUUGUUAAAAAAAACUUACUCAUUCCGUUGAUAUAUAUAAAAAGAGAAAGAGAUUGAUUUUAAAAAUUUGACUGAUGUAGAGUAUAUUGUGUAGCCUAAAUACUUAACCUCAUAGAGAAGGCUUUAAUUAAAGAGAUGGCCUCCAACAAUGGAGGAGGUGAUAUUCCACACAGGGCUGGACCAUCAGCUCAGAAACAGAUUCCUAGUCCAGAGCAACAGUUUGUGUCAGAACAAAAUGUGAUAGAUCAGACAGAAGAUGUCUUUCAGAAUUUUAUAUAUGAAAGUUGGACGAGGGACUGUAACAGAGGAGAGUUCAUGGACCAGGGAACACCAAAUGUUCCACAACUUACAAAUUUCACAAAUAAUCCUCUAAGUGCCUCAGCUCAAGUUGGUCGUCGGUUGGCAAAGAUUGGGGAUGACAUCAAUAUGAAAUAUCAGGGAGAAUUUGACCAUAUGAUUGAUAAAUUACAGGUUGACAAAUCCACAGCAUAUGAUGCAUUUGCAGGGGUAGCUAGAAGGCUGAUGGAAGGUGGAUUAAACUGGGGUAGGAUAGCAACACUGUUUUCAUUUGGAUAUAGGAUAUUUGUGCGAGUGAUUGGAAUUGGUGAACUUAUCAAAGACUUUGGCAAAGUGUUAGGUAGAAUUGUGUCAAAUAUUGUGAAUUUUAUCAAAGAUGCUUCACAAGGGAUAGCUAGAUGGAUUGCUAGUCAGGGAGGCUGGCAAUCAGCAUUAACGUAUGUGCCAUCAGUAGGCUGGCAAGUAUUGACAGGGAUAGCAGUGGGCGCCGUGGCAACGCUAGGUCUAGUAUAUUACCUACAUAACUCAGGAAAGUAAAAACUGCUCAACAGACUGAUGAUGUAGUGGUGUAGUGUUUGCAGGAUCAGACAGAGGUUCAUUCUCACAUCUUAUACCAAAGUGACACAUUCUUGGAUUAAUGAUAUAAUCCACUGGGUCUCUUAUGUUCAUAUCAUUGGGCAUUUUACAUGGGUACAGACAGUCAAACAAGUUGCUAGGCCUACUUCAUACAACAAACAGAUCCAUAUAAAGUUGUCAUGUGUAAAUGAUGCCAAGCUUUUGGACCAGACUGCAUCAUACUGCAUAAUUUUAUUGUCAUGUUACCUAUCUGGGAUAUGUUUUAAGCCUAUUUAUGCAAGUUAUAAAUACAAUUGCGUAAACUAUUGAGCAGGAAUGACAUUUUAAUGUAGGGCCAAUGAAAACUUUGUUGAUUUUACAUACAUGUAUUUGCAUAUAAUUAUAUGCAUGUUUUGUAAAACUGUUGCUGUGAUAGGUAGUGAAUUGAAGGCCAAAAUAUACAGUCUUUUGAGACAGAGUUAUAUUUUAUCAUUGAAAUUUUAUUUUUAUCCCCUUCAGACAUAAAAUAAUUUGUUACUGUGACAUUCUGGUUUUUCAAUAAUGGCCUAUAUGUUACUGCUGGACUUAUCUCUGAUCUAUUCUUAACAGAAGGUUUUUUCUCUGACCUAUUGAUAGACUUUAUAUUAGGUUGAUAUAAAUGAUUUGGUCUAUUCAUAGAAUCUGUGAAAUGAUCUAUUGAUAAAAUUAUAUGUUCCAAUCUAAUAAUAGAUUUUUAUAUUUAUACAGUCAUCGAAUUUAGUACUGACCUGGUGGCCCAUGGCCAGUUUAAAUUAGUUUGGGCUUGUGUAAAUUUAAAAAAAUUUAUAAUUCUAAACUGGAAUUUGGGCUAGUAAAUUCAAAAUCUCAAAUUCAUUGACUGUUUUUAGAAUAUGUGUACCAGUCUAUUAACAUGUUAUAUGUAAUCAUCAAGUUGUAGUCUAAAUGAAAUGGUCUUUUGAUAGAUUAUAUUGAGUGGUCUAUUGAUGGAUGAUAUGAAAUGGUCCGUUGAUAGAUUAUAUGGAAUGGUCUGUUGAUAGAUUAUAUGAAAUGGUGUGUUGAAUGGUCUGUUGAUAGAUUAUAUGAAAUGGUCUAUUGAUGGAUUAUAUGAAAUGAUCUAUUGAUAGAUUAUAUGAAAUGGUCUGUUGAUAGAUUAUAUGAAUUGAUAUAUUGUAUGAAUUGAUAUAUUGAUAGAUUUUAUGAAAUAGUUUAUUGAUAGAUUAUAUAAAAUGAUCUAUUGAUAGAUUAUUUGAAUUGAUAUAUUGAUAGAUUGUAUGAAUUGAUAGACUAUAUGGAACAAUAUAUUUGGUGAAAAUAUGUAAUGAUCUAUAGAUGAUUAUAUGAAAUGACCUGUUAUUAGAUUUAUACCAUUGUCUAUUUAAAUUGUAUUUAUAAAGGGUUUCAAGGCAUAUUAAGUGGCAGCUCUAAAUUCAAAAUAUCAGGAUAAAAAUUUCACAAAGUGCCCAGUGUUGUUCACAUAUCAGUUGUAUAAGGCGCUUGUAAUGUAUGCAGUAUGCACAUAUUAUCUGGAAACUUUUAACAACUUCCACACAUUUUGAAAGUGCUGAUGCCGUGAAGAAAUAUGCUCAAUUUGUUUAUAGCCCGUCUGUUUUUGUGUAUCUGGAAUUUUAGCAUAAAAUGCAUACAUGUGUACAAUACUCUAAAAAUAAAUCAGUGACAUUAUUUUUUUUGUCUGUGAGGCGAUAACCUGGAAAUUGUUUAAUAUUUAGAUUUUUUAUAACUUUUAUUUUUGUAUUUGUCUCAAACACUCACUUGAUAAGACUACAAGAAAAUAAGAAACUGACAGUAAGGUAUAUAGCUAGUGUUCAUGACUGAUAUUCAUUUGAGAUAAGGAGGAGAGUUCUUGGUCUUUCAUUUUUGGCAUAUUUGUAAUUGUAUACAAUAACAAGAGUUUUGAAGUGCCUAUACUCUAUGAAACAAAAGUUCCAGCGAUUUUGUAAAAUCAUCUUUGCAGAUGUGCGAUCAAUUACUUGUGAUGUAUGAAGUGAACAAAUGUGCUAAUGGUUUAUUUGUAUAAUAAAUGCAUGAUAAAGUGCUCUUUAAUUACCUAUGCCUUUCAACUAUGCAAUGUGUUUUUUUUUCCAUGUUCAGUAAUGAUUUGUACAUAGUUAACUACCGGUAAUAUGUUGACAAGGAAUAUGUUAAGUUUGUAAAAUUAUAUGAAUGUUUAAGAGAUUAUGUGCUAGUGAGUACUAAGAUAUUGUUUGAUUGUUCUCUAAUCAUUCUUUAUAUAAUAAUGAUAUUUUUUAAAUUAUUUUCAUAAUAGUACAUCAAUAAUAAUAUUACAUCUUGCCAAUUAGUAAGAGUAUCUGGAAAAUUUUAUGGUUGAUUUUAGUCUGACUUUUGGAAGAAUAUGUACAGCUAUUAUACUCAUCAUGGUGUAAACAUCACACUGGUUUAGGUUUUGCCAUGCAAGUUGGUAUCUCCAGAACUACUGAAGGGAAUUGAGUUGAAACAUUACAUACUUAUUUUAGAGCAUAAUAGAAGGUCACUAUCCAAGGCCAAUAACUCUUCACAUGGAUUUUGACAGAAUUAUGGACCUUUUUGAAAUUAGAAAAUUCUACAUUAUCCAUGCACUGAGAGUCAAGCAUGCAGAUCUACCAGCUGCUCUUGUUUAUUUUGAUCUUCUGUGACAAUACUUACUUUCAAGUAUUUACUUUUUUUGGACAAUUUAUUUGUAACCCAAAUUCUGUUUGUGAAGAGUACAUGUUCAUGUUGUUACAAUAUGGUAUUGAUUUCUCGUGUAUGCCUAACAGCCUUAGUUGAACUUGUAAAAAGCAGAGGUUUCGUUUGAGGAUACUAAUUUAAAAUAUGCAUUCAGAAAUAAGAAUAUAUAAGAACUUUUGUUUGAAAAUGUUCAAGGCUACAUGUAUGGUUGAUUCAGAUUAAGCUAAAUUACUUACCCAUGUGUAUAUUUAAGUGAAGUCUACAACGAAAUCCAAUACAAAUAUUCUAGCAGGUUUACAUUUCAGGAAAUUCAAAGUACAAUCAUUCCCUAUAUGUUUGCUCAUUUGUUUUCGUUUGUAUCUCAGUUUUAUAUCAACAAUAUAAGAUGAUCUUUUUGAUUUUUUUCACAAUAAGAAUAUUAUAAGAAAUAAAAGCCAAAGAGUUUUUAUAAUUGAGAUUUUCCCUUAAUUGCAAUUUUAUACUUUUUUCGUUUGAAUUUUUGUAAUUGAGAUUUUUCAUUUCCCUAAAUUUUAUACUUGCCUAGGUUACACUCUUAAGCAAUCUUCAUGAUACUAGUAAUAGAACACAUGAUAUAAUAAACAGCACAUUUUUAUUGUAUGUACAUUUGUUUCAAUUCUUCCAUAUUUCAAUGAAUUAAACACAUGCAAACUUAGUAUCUAAAUUAUCUCCUUUCAGAUAUGAUAUGUUGUUGAUUUAAGGUAGUGGCCACUGUUUUUGUUAUAUUUGUUUCAUCAUGCACUUCACAAAAACAGUUGUAUAUAUUGAUACAAUAGCUGUAUCUGCAAGAAGAUAAGAUAUUGACUUUGUAUGAUCACAUUUAAUUAUUCAUUGAUGUAUGGUAAAAAGUUUUGAAUAGUGUAAGCAAUAUUUAUGUUGAAAUUUUAAAUCUGUUUUGAUGCAAAUUUAUUAGAAUGCUUGUUAAAUUUCAGUUAUAAAGUUUUGGUUUUGGUGUACUGUUUGAAAUUUUUAGUUUCUACUCGUACAUAAUUUUAGUGCUUUCAGUGCUUUGAUUAAUGUAAUUUUGUCACAAUCUGCACACUCUAAUUAUUUCUAGCACUCUUUUAUUGGAAAUAUAUCAAAUCAGGAAUCAUACCUUCUGGUGAAACUGAUUUAAGUUUAGUAAAGAUUUAUUUCUUCUUGAGAUACAGUCCGUCUUUCAUUGCCCUUUGCCAAAUUUGCUCAUGAAGGUUUUGUCAUUAUUGCAUAAUGAUAUGUAUCAGAUACCCUUGCUGUUUUUGCGACUCCUUAAAAAUGAUAUGGCAUGGAUGUGCAUAUAUUUUAACAUGAUGCCACUUGCGCAAUACAAAAGUAGCAUUAAAAGGCGCACUAUAAGCGCAUCAGUGAUAAAUGAUUCUUUUUUACUGUUCAAAGUUCUUAUUUUAUGUAUGUGAUAAAUAGAAUAUUAUAUUUGUGUAGGUUCAUUACAAAAGUUAUUGAACUUGUUGAAUAAAAAUAAUAUUAUGCUCGCAUGAUAUAAUUUUAUUCAACUUGUUCAAUAAAUUUAAUAUUAAUCCUACACUCAUUCAAUAUCGUCUAUAUCAUGUGUAUCUACUGGAUAUUUUCUUAUUUCUGCUCCAUAUUCUUUUGAACAGUGGUAACAUUUUAUCACAUACAAAAAAAGAAGAUUUUUUUUUUCUACCGGAUGCUAUUAGUUUCUAGAUUACGUUUAAUGAAGGUCUUGCACAAAAUGGUUGUAUCUUUUUUAUUUCUUAAAGUCACACAGUUUUUGUUUCCAGCUCUUAAUUCUUAGUUUUUCUGUCUCUUUUAAUCAUAUCAGAGUUUUUCAAUUUUUGUACCGUCUUUUGUUCCAGUUACAUAUAAGUUUUCAUGGUAUGCAAGUAUUCAUUACUCCAUGCAACACUUAUGCAGUCACAGGUAUUUUAUUUUAAUUUGUAUUGAAUCUUUUUUACUUUGGUCUGGCUUUUAAGUCUUGAACAGGGUAUGAAAGUAUAUUAAGUGAUAUUUUAAAAGUGCUGACAUAUUAUAUGUAUAUACAUCUUUGUUCAUUAGAUUGUAUAUCUCUUGUCAUUUUCAUAAUAAUGAUUUUUAUAAUGUUGAAAUGAUUUUUAAAAUGAAAUCUUAUUGUCAAUAAAUUAUGAUAGUUUG